AUGGGCUGGGUAGGAGCAGGUGUCCUCGUUGCAACAACUGUAUAUUUCCUCUAUCGGUACCCUCCUCGCAGCUGGAACGAGCCUCGUCCUCUCCCCCCUCCGGAACUCAAACCCGAAGCGGCGGUUACCACUCCCAUCUCAGACGAGUCUGUACGGGAAAAGCAUGGCCCAAGGCCUUCAACACCAACAAUAGAAACAGAGCAAGAGGAUUCCCAAAGCACACCCAAGGCAUCUGCUUCAAGCGCACCACCGCCGCCGGUCUUUACGGUCCCCACGCUCAAUCUGGAUAGCGGCGAGAACGAAACAUCCAACCCGACAAUGCCGUCCAUCCCACAAUUUCUACGAGGCGGACAGUCUACAGCAUCAGGUCGCGAUAAUGCAGCACCAAAGCCCCAGUCGUCACAACCACCUCUCGCUCCUCCGCGACAACCAUCAACAACGGGUGGCUCCCUAAUGCCACCACCUCCACCCCCAGUCCCUAAACCCCGACCAGCGCAAAAGAAUAGCCUCGCCCCGCCAACCCUACAACCCCCACGUCUCUCAGGCAGCUCCCUCGGCCCACCCCCAUCAGCAGCAUCCUCACAACGCGGUCCCCCAACCAGCAGCAGCCGUCUAAGCAGCAGCACGCUUGCCCCAACACCAGUGACACUGAAGAAAUCCAACUCGAAGAAAGUAAUUCUCGAGCCAGGGUUCUCCCCCUUGGACUGGGCCGCCCUAACCUCAAACCCGAACAACAACCUCCGCGGCAAAGAUGUACCACCGGGUCUGCUCCGCGUUACACCAUCCAUGCUGAAAGAGCAACAUGGGCGCAAGGGCCGGGAUGCGUGGACUUCGUACCACGGCAAAGUAUACAACAUUUCACCGUACGCGCCCUACCACCCAGGUGGUAAGGGCGAGCUCCUCCGCGGUGCAGGGAAGGAUUCUGCGAGGCUCUUCCAGGAGAUUCACCCGUGGGUGAACUGGGAAGGCAUUCUCGGCGAGUGUCUGAUUGGAAUCUUGGUUUCGGAGUCUGAUCUUCAUGUCGAGAAUGCCUUGGAUGCCAUGGAUUGA